CAAACGUCAACAAUAGGAAAUUCGGAAAUGUUUUCGGAAGUCCAGCUUUAAAUUAAUAAAUGAUUAUAAUAACGCAAUAAACGUUUACUUUAACUUUUAAAAAUGAAGGUUGUUUUGAUGGUUGCAGAAAAGCCUUCGCUAGCUCAAAAUUUAGCUAAUAUACUUAGUAAUGGAAAAUGCACUACGACCAAAGGUUCUAAUGGAGCUUGUUCUGUCCACGAAUGGAAUGGUACCUUUAAAAAUGAACCGGUACGAUUUAGGAUGACAUCUGUUUGUGGGCAUGUGAUGAGUUUGGAUUUUACUGGAAAAUACAAUAAUUGGGAUAAAGUAGACCCCGUGGAGUUGUUUUCUUGCCCUACUGAGAAAAAGGAAGCUAUGCCUCGUCUAAAAAUGCCGGCGUUUUUAGGUAUGGAGGCUAGAGGUUCUGAUUAUCUUGUUCUAUGGCUGGAUUGUGAUAAAGAAGGAGAAAAUAUAUGUUUUGAGGUGAUGAGCUGUGUUCAGCCAUUCAUGAAUGGUGAUGUAUGUUCACCUCAAGUGACAUACCGGGCUCGCUUCUCUGCCAUCACAGAUAAAGAUAUAAAAGCGGCCAUGUUGAACUUAGUACGACCCAAUGAGAAUGAAUCUCGCUCUGUAGAUGCAAGACAAGAGUUGGAUUUGCGUAUCGGAUGUGCUUUCACACGUUACCAAACUAAGUAUUUUCAAGGUAGAUAUGGUGAUUUGGAUGCAUCGUUGAUUUCCUAUGGACCAUGCCAAACUCCAACGUUAGGAUUCUGUGUACAAAGACAUGAUGAAAUCCAGACAUUCAAACCGGAGACUUAUUGGGUUUUACGAGUUACUGCUAGCACUGAUGAAGGUCGGGAGCUGCCGUUGGAAUGGAAACGGGUUAGAAGUUUCGAGAAGGAUAUUGCUAAUAUGUUCCUUCACUGUAUAAAAGAGACAAAAGAGGCCAUUGUUAUUAAUGUACAAGCAAAGGAGAAAUUGAAAUCUCGACCUGUGGCAUUGAAUACAGUAGAGUUGAUGAGAGUGGCCAGUUCCGGACUGGGUAUGGGGCCACAUCAUGCUAUGCAGAUUGCGGAGCGUUUGUACACUCAGGGUUAUAUUUCAUAUCCCAGAACAGAAACAACAAGUUAUCCUGAGAAUUUUGAUUUGAUUGGUGCACUCCGUCACCAACAAGGGUCUAAUAAAUGGGGUGAGGAGGUCCGUGCGUUAUUGGCCAAUGGUAUUAACAAGCCAAAGAAAGGUCAUGAUGCAGGCGACCAUCCUCCGAUCACACCGUUAAGGCAUGCUACUGAAUCAGAAUUAGAAGGUGACAUGUGGCGUAUCUACGAUUACGUGACGCGUCACUUUAUAGCGACGCUUUGCCGCGACUGCCGCUAUCUCUGCACAACCGCCACCUUCCAGAUCGCAACGGAGACCUUCUCGUACUCCGGCAACACACUUGUUGAUGCAGGGUACACAGAAGUUAUGCAUUGGCAAGCUUUUGGUAAAGACGAGUUUGUGCCGGUACUGAAAGUUGACGAUGUGCUAAAGGCACACGAUCACAGGCUGGUCGAAUGUCAAACAUCACCACCAGACUAUCUCACUGAGGCUGAGGUUAUAACACUAAUGGAGAAGCACGGUAUCGGUACUGACGCGUCCAUUCCCGUGCACAUUAACAACAUCUGCCAGAGGAAUUAUGUGGCGGUCGGCAAUGGUAGGAAACUAAUUCCUACCAACCUCGGUAUUGUGCUAGUACAUGGAUAUCAGAAGAUCGACCCAGAACUAGUUCUACCAACAAUGAGGUCAGCUGUCGAAGAACAAUUAAAUCUGAUAGCGUUAGGUCGCGCGGACUUCCACGCGGUUCUCGCGCACACCACAGAGAUAUUCAGAAGGAAGUUCCAAUACUUCGUCAGAUCUAUAGAGGCUAUGGAUCAAUUAUUCGAAGUUAAUUUUUCCUCGUUAAAAGCCAGCGGAAAAGCGUUGUCUCGCUGCGGGAAAUGUCGACGGUAUAUGAGAUAUAUACAGGCGAAGCCCGCUCGCCUCCACUGCUCGCACUGCGACGACACGUACGCGCUGCCGCAGCACGGCACCGUGCGCAUCUACCGCGAGCUCAAGUGCCCGCUCGACGACUUCGAGCUGCUCUCCUGGUCCUCCGGACACCGCGGCAAGAGCUUCCCGCUCUGCCCCUACUGCUACAACCAUCCGCCCUUCAGGUAA